UUAUAGAACAGAAGUUAAGCACAGCUUAGAUAUGAUGAAAGGAGUCCAUUUCCUUGCAAUUGUUGCUCUCUUGUCACUGACAUCCUCUCUUGUCUCUGCCGAGGAUCCCAGCCCACUUCAGGACAUUUGUGUUGCAAUUGAUGACCCCAAAUCUGCCGUAUUCGUGAAUGGGAAAUUCUGCAAGGAUUUUAAGCUUGCCGAGGCAAACGAUUUCUUCUUCGAAGGGCUUCAAAAUCCUGGAAAUACAGAAAAUCCAGUUGGGUCGAAUGUUACUACUGUGAAUGUGGACCAAAUACGAGGCCUUAACACUCUAGGCAUAUCGUUGGCUCGCAUUGACUUUGCACCAUAUGGAGAAAAUCCUCCCCACAUUCACCCCCGUGGCACUGAGAUUCUAGUUGUCCUAGAGGGCUCUCUGUACGUUGGUUUUGUCACAUCUAACCCGGAAAAUCGUCUUUUCUCCAAAGUUCUAAACAAGGGAGAUGUCUUUGUGUUCCCAAUUGGUCUCAUUCACUUUCAAUUCAACACGGGACACACCAAUGCUAUAGCCUUUUCUGGUCUAAGCAGCCAAAAUGCUGGUGUUAUCACGAUAGCAAACGCUGUUUUUGGAUCCAACCCUCCUAUCAACCCUGAUGUUCUCGCCAAGGCCUUCCAACUUGACCAGAAGAUUAUUGAAUAUCUUCAGAAAACAUUCUGAUGGGUCAACUAGAAAAAACUUAUGAAACGGCUGAGACCUUUGUCAUUCAACCAUGUUUAACUCAUUCCAUCAUAAUGAUCGAUAAUAAAAUAAAUGGUUGCAUAUAUAUGUAACUCUUUCUA